GUCACACAGCUAGCUCGGUUCUAGUGCACCAUUCUGACACACAUUGAAUUAUUCCAUAAAAUCGGCCGCCUUUUCUACAUCUUUCUUACUCUAGUUGCAGUUGUAGUAGUUCUAUGUGACUUAUGUGUUUGUCGUGCAACUAAAAAAGCAGCAGUUGUGAUGACUCGUUUUCCAAAAGUGUCACCGAAUUCCUGGAGGUUAAACGCAUAAAAAUACUACGGGAAAAAAACUGAAUGUACGGCUCCUUGACAUUAAUUUGACACCAGCACAACCUAGCCACACACAGAGGUGUCCCAGAUGUAGUGACUUGUAAGUGACUUUGAGGGCUGUCCACGUGGGAACCAUGAACCCUAUUUGGCGGGCUACCAUGGAAAUGAGUAAGGCUCGCUCUGAGAACCAGAAGCAGAUUAAGAAGAGACAAGAAAUGCAGAGAAACAAGACUAGGAAGGAGAAGGAACGGAGACGAGUGGAGGCCUUGGAGCGAGACAGACAACGUUUCAUCGUUGGUCAAGAGCUGAUCCCUGAGGAUUUGGAGAAGGAGGAGGAACUGGAAGACGUCCAAGAGUCAGCAGCUGAGAAGUUUCAGAAGGAGUUAUGCUGGUGUAUACAGCAGGCUAAGGUUGGCCUUGCCAGUAUCAAACCAUCUUCAAAGGAAGCCAAACCUCAGACUGAGGAAGCUCAGAAGUUGCUUCGGACUCUGACGUCCAUCAAAGCGCCAAUGGCCAAGAAGAGACAAGUAAUGCGAGCAACGUUUGGGGAUUAUAGAAACAAGAUGCAUCAGGAAGAGAGACAACACAAAGCAAAUAUGAGUAAAAAGAUGUGUGUGGAGCAAGCCAGCCCUAAGAAGAGAGGAUGCGGUACUUUCCUCAGGAUGUCCGUAACAGCAAGUGGAGAUGCAACCUCGCAGAUUAUACCAACCAGCAAUGACCUCAGUGAAAAAGCAGGGUCAUCAGGUCAUCUCUCAAGGUCAUCAGUGGGUCACGACCCAGAGCCAGCAGGUCAUGAACUAGGGACUUCAGAUACUAACCAGGGCUCAUCAAGGGGGGAUCAGGGAAUGCCCGGCAAUCAAGGCGUGACCUUGGACUGUCCUGCAACAAAAGGUCAUGACCUCGGGUCAUCUGGCGAUGACCGGCUGAAAAAUGAAGAGGACGACUCAACAAUGCAAUACCUUGAAAAAAGUACGGAGAAUAUGCAUAUCCUGAACCCGGAGAGCAAGGACUCUCAGAGGAAGAAUCUGGAUAACAAUGAUGAAAACAGAAGCCAUGAAUGGCACCAAAUCUCCCACAAUCAGAACGCUGCAAACAAAAGAAAAAUGUCACAAGAGGAUGAGGACUCUACCACUCUGGAAUUGUCGGAAGAGGUUGAAAAGCCAUCUGACCUUUCUUUGAAUCUCAAUAAGGGAACAAACUCUUUCUCGUUUAACUUUAGUAUCGGUAAGGACGAUCUGGACCAGCAAGAAGCCAGACUGUCCAGGAGCCCUAACAAUAAGAACAUUGAGGAGUCUCAGAGUGAGAGCAGUACCCCUGAGAAGGCACCGGGAAGUGGACGAAGGAAGCCUGGAAGCAGGAAGAGGAAUCGAAGCAAGAAGAAACAACAACAUAAAGAAGCAACUGUUGCCACCGGCAACCAGAAGAUGCAGUUGGAAGCAGACGGGGAGUUCAAGUUUAACUUCCCCGCUCCAACAUAGUAGACCUUUGUCAGAGGAAGCCGUCUUACUAUUCCCUUUUUUUUGGGGGGGGGUUUGGUUCAAAUCAAUAUAACCAGAAGAUGCAGUUGGAAGCAGACGGGGAGUUCAAGUUUAACUUCCCCGCUCCAACAUAGUAGACCUUUGUCAGAGCAAAGCCUUGAAUUCCCUUUUUGGGGGGGGGGGGGGGGGGUAGAGUUUUGGUUCAAAUCAAUAUAACUGAACUAAAGAAAGGGUGCCUACAUAAUUUUACGUUCCUUUUCUUUGUUCUUUUUUUGACAAGUUUCCCCAACUGAAAGGUUACAAUUUAAUUGUUUUUUUGUUGUUUUCCUAGAUUUACCUAAUGGUUACAGCAUUGGUAAUUUGCGCAAACAAGGUUUGCCCAAGUACUCAGUGCAUGCCUUGCCCAUAGUCUUUAUACUGAACCAAAUGGCAAGCUAAGUCAUGAUAAAUGGCAUGUGACUAAUGGUAUACUGUUAAUUUGAGGCACAGUUGUACCACCAUCCAUUUACAUAGUACAUGGUCAUUGAGUGACUGAGUGAUCUGUUAUGAACCAACCCUUGACAGAUUCAGGUUAUUGAGUCUUUGUUCUUGACAAAGGGCUAAGUUAUGACUUUGUUCGGUGAGUGAUAAGGUUGUAUCACCAUUUUGUUUAUACGCACAAUCAAGGAUCAAUGCACUGUACUCGAUACUUCAAGAACAAACUGCAUUAUUUCAAACACUAUCAGCCAGCAAUUUGGCACAGGUACUUGUAUACAUGCAAACAAUGGUAUUCAUUUUAUGAGUCAUAAAAUGCUUUAUAUACCUCAUAAUAUAGUAUCCUCUAAUCUGAUUGGUUAAAAAUGGAGAUGGAAAAAGCUGUGCCCCCUUUUACUGUCAAUAUGACGCCAUAUUUGACUACGCUCGCCCUGAAAAUAACUGUCACAAAUAGGUCGUUCGUGUUAAGAAGAAUCUUCACUCGGUAUAUAAAAGAAAUAUUAACUGCUUAAUAAUCGGGGCACAGGUAAAAUUAUAGGCCCUCGGUGAUGUCAUAACCAUGGCUUUGCCCUCAGCUUCGCUUCGGGAAUAGUUUUGACAUCACCUUGGGCCAUUACUUUUAAUUAUAUACCUCAUAUUUAGAAUCCUCUAAUCUGAUUGGUUAAAAAUGGACUCAUGGAUUAAUUAAAUAAAUACAAAUAGUUUCAUCAAAUUGUAUUCUUUUUAUAAUCAUUUAAAUAAUUGAAGAUGAGGCUUUUCACUAUUUGUUUCGGUCAAUUAUUAUGCUGAAAAGAAUUUCAGUUGCUACAUGUGUAAAUAACUAACUCUUGCAAUUAAUAUAAAUGGUAAGAUAAGAUGCACAGGGUUUGACAUUAAUUGUUAAUGUACAGUUUUGUAAUUUUGAAAGAUAUCGCUCGGUUGUUAAAGCCAUUAUACACUUUCGGUACAGAAAAAAAAG